CAACCCAUUCAAAAUCAUGUCAACUUCCACAACCAUCUUCAUCACCCUAAUCCUCGCGGUGCUGACGCUGUUCACGACCACCAACACAGCAGAAGGUGCUCGCACUUUCCUCGUCUUCGGAGACUCACUAGUUGACAGUGGCAACAACAAUUACCUCCCAACCACCGCACGCGCCGACUCUCCUCCCUACGGCAUCGACUACCCCACCCACCGCCCCACCGGUCGCUUCUCCAACGGCUUCAACCUCCCCGACCUAAUCAGCCAGCAUAUAGGAUCCGAACCAACGUUACCAUACUUGAGCCCUCAAUUAACCGGACAGAGGCUCUUGAUUGGGGCUAAUUUCGCUUCCGCAGGGAUAGGAAUCCUUAACGACACCGGUUUUCAAUUCGUGGGGAUAUUGAGAAUGUUUCAGCAGUUUGCGCUAUUCCAGCAGUACCAGGGGCGGUUGAGUGCGGAGGUGGGGGCGGCGCAGGCGCAGCGCGUGGUGAAUGGAGCGCUGGUGCUGAUGACGCUUGGCGGCAACGACUUCGUUAACAACUAUUUUCUGACUCCUGUGUCAGCCAGGUCUCGCCAAUUCACUGUCCCUCAGUACUGCCGAUACCUAAUCUCUGAGUAUCGAAAAAUUCUUAUGAGGUUGUAUGAGUUGGGAGGUAGAAGGGUGCUUGUGACUGGAACUGGUCCAUUGGGUUGUGUUCCUGCUCAGCUUGCUACCAGAAGUAGGAACGGAGAGUGUGUAGCUGAGUUACAACAAGCUGUUCAAAUUUUCAACCCACUGUUGGUUCAAAUGACCAGAGAUCUCAACUCUCAACUUGGCUCUGACGUUUUCGUUGCUGUCAAUGCCUUCCAAAUGAACAUGAACUUCAUCACCAACCCUCAAAGAUUUGGUUUUGUUACAUCAAAGAUAGCGUGUUGCGGUCAAGGUCGUUUCAAUGGGAUAGGAUUGUGCACUGUAGCGUCAAACUUGUGUCCAAAUCGUGACACGUAUGCAUUUUGGGAUCCUUAUCACCCAUCUGAACGUGCUCUAGGUUUCAUUGUGAGAGAUAUCUUCAGCGGAACUUCUGACAUUAUGACUCCAAUGAACCUUACAACCAUCAUGGCCAUCGACUCCAACCUCUAUUAAUUAAUUUACUUAUUUCAUCCACUGUCACCAAGUGAGGCAAAAGCUUCAUUAUCAUUAUAAUUCUAUUGAAUGUGCCUGUAGUGUGCUAUUUGUGUUUUCUAUUUUGGUGUAUUUGCAAUGCAACAUCACUUCUAGAGUUAGUGGAAUGAAUGAGGUUUUCAAUGUAAGUUAUUUUUAAAAUCUACGACUAAAUUUUCAAGAAUUUAUG